AUGUCUAAUCCUCUUGAUACCGAUGCUGGCUCUGAGAUGUUCAGCAGCUAUGAGACGGAGCUUAACCUCGUCCAAGCAGACCUAAACCAGAAGCUCGACCAAAUUGCGGAGCUGAGCGGGGAGCAACGCAACUCUACCAUCCGACAAGCGGAGCGCGCACUAGAGGAAGCGACAGAGUUGUUGGAUCAGAUGCGCCUGGAGAAGCAGAACAUCCCUAGUGCAGCAAGAUCGAAAGUCAAUACUCGGUUUCGCAACUAUUCCUCCGAUGUUGACGAGGCGAAACGCAAACUUAAGUCUCUAUCCGAUGACCGCAAGGCGCUUUUUGGUGAUCGCUACACCGACGACCCACAAGAUGAACAUUUAGAGCAAAGACAGCAGCUUCUGUCUGGAACGGAACGCUUGGAACGGAGCUCUGCCCGGCUGCAAGAGAGCCAGCGGAUUGCCUUGGAGACUGAGGGGAUCGGCGCUAAUGUUCUGGCCGACUUGCAUCAGCAGCGGGAGACUAUUACGCAUACUCACGGAAUGCUGGGACAGAGCGAGAGUAACGUAGACAAGAGUAUCAAAACCCUAAAGGGAAUGGCUCUCCAUCGACUCCAAUACUGGCUGUUGGCACCAAGCUAA